GGUAAGCAAUCCUCCAGUAUUAACCUGAACAGGAGAGUAUGUUUGAGACUAGGUCGAGGAGACACCUGUGUUCAAAACCAACCUUAUCUUCAACAGCUGGUGGAAAAUCGUUUACAGCACAUCCUGACCGCAACUGUCGUGUAGAAUGUAUGUAUCCGUGCACCAUGUGAAACGUUGAAUUAUCGAAUUUCACAACGGGGUGUAUCUCUCGAACCCAGAUGGCUUGCCUUGGGGACCCAGAGAGCGACAAGAUGGCGGAAGAGAGGGAUGCGUUUUGGAGAGUCUUUGAGGCAAUCAUGCAAGCAUGUGCCGCGGAGUUUCUAGGAACGGCGAUUUACGUGCUAAUCGCUUGUCUGGUAUCCUCGGGGGUGAAGGGCAUUGGGAUUCUUCCGCCUGAGCACAUGCCAAUGAUCGUGCCUAUAGCACUGUGUGCCGGGUUCACUGUGGCUGCAUUGAUGGCCACAUUUGGAAAAAUGAGCGGUGGUCACUUCAACCCUGCUGUGAGUCUAGCGGUGUGUGUGUCUGGGGGUCUGAAGCCUCUCCUACUGCCCGCCUACGUCCUUGUGCAGAUUUUCGGAGGGGUCGCUGGAGCCGGCCUCGCCAUGGUUGUAGAACCAGAUGAGCUGUUCACCAAGGUGUUAACUGAUGAUGGUGUUGAGAUGGCGGUGGGACCAGGUCGGGCUAUUGCCUGCGAAUUUUUGCUGACUUCGUUUGUGAUAGUUGCUGUGUUGCUGACCACGUUGGAGGAGAAGACGAAGUCGCAUGCCGCACCAACUGCAGUGGGCUUCGCGUAUGUCGUCGGCAUUCUCUCGGGUAUUCGGAUAACCGGCACUAGUCUGAAUCCUGCACGCAGUUUUGGUUCAGCAGUUGUGCUCAGUCUCUACUCAAAGAAAGCCUGGACUCUCCAGUAUGUUUUCUGGGUUGGGCCGCUUCUGGCAGCUGUUGUCACAGCAAUAUUUUACAGAUACGUGCUUUUCCGACGGAAGACAUCCUCCAAGGACAAAUACAAAUACUCACAUCUCAUGACAGAUCCAAAUCAAAACGACUGAUAUAACAGAAGCAUACAACAAAACACACAUCAGUCAUUGAUACAUUUGCCAUACUGCAAUGCUCGCCAAUGAAAACACAUUAAUACAUCCUACUCGGGA